UCGGAACUCAGAACUUCAGGAGUUCUUUUCUUCUUUAGUUAAGUAAUUGCUAAGUAAUUAAUUAAUUGUUUUUUGUCUUUUUUUUCUAUUCACAUACCUUGUCUGACCAUCAAAGGAACCAACAAUCAACAAAUCAGCAAGAAUCAUCUUCAACAACAACACUAACAAUGGAUGCAAAUGCAAAGAAAAAUGUUUCGAAAAAAACCAAGAAAAAGAACGAUUUAGAUGAACUCAAACAAGAACUUGAAGUGGAUGAUCAUAUCAUUACUCUUGAGGAAUUGUGUUCUCGUCUUAAAACUGACCCAGUAAAAGGGUUAACUUCAACUCAAGCUAAAGCUGUUUUACUGCGCGAUGGACGAAACGCUCUGACCCCACCACCAACGACCCCUGAAUGGGUCAAAUUUUGCAAACAACUUUUUGAAGGAUUUGCUAUGCUUCUUUGGAUUGGUGCCUUCUUAUGUUUUGUCGCUUAUUCCAUUUCAGUUUCUACUCAGGAUAAUCCGUCUCCUGAUAAUCUUUAUCUUGGUAUUGUACUAGCAGUUGUAGUUUUUAUCACUGGAGUAUUUUCAUAUUACCAAGAGGCCAAAAGUUCAGCCAUCAUGGAAUCAUUCAAAAGUAUGGUACCUCAAUAUGCUUUGGUUAUACGUGAUGGUCAAAAGUUGACCAUUCCAGCGGAAGAGGUUGUUGCUGGUGACGUUGUUGAAGUAAAAGGAGGUGAUCGAAUUCCUUCCGAUAUUAGGAUUAUCUCCUCUCACCAAUGUAAAGUUGACAAUUCUUCCUUGACCGGAGAAUCCGAGCCACAAACUCGAAGUCCCGAAAAAACCCAUGACAAUCCAUUGGAAACUCGUAAUCUUGCCUUUUUCUCGACUAAUUGUGUUGAAGGAACUGCCACUGGUAUUGUCAUUCGAACUGGAGAUCGAACUGUUCUUGGUCGUAUUGCCAAUUUAACCUCAGGUCUUGAAACAAGACAAACACCAAUCAAUCGUGAGAUUGAACAUUUUAUUCACAUAAUCACCGGAGUCGCUUUCUUUCUUGGAAUAUCUUUUUUCAUUAUCGCAAUUUUCCUUGACUACAAUUGGCUUGACGCUGUUAUCUUUUUAAUUGGUAUCAUUGUCGCCAAUGUACCCGAAGGUCUUUUAGCCACCGUUACCGUGUGUUUAACCUUAACUGCCAAAAGAAUGGCUUCGAAAAAUUGUUUGGUCAAAAAUUUGGAAGCCGUUGAAACUCUUGGUUCAACCUCGACAAUUUGUUCUGAUAAAACUGGUACUUUAACCCAAAAUCGAAUGACAGUGGCCCAUAUGUGGUUCGAUAAUCACAUUAUCGAAGCAGAUACAACUGAAGAUCAAUCAGGUUUAUCGUAUGAUAAAUCAUCUCCUGGUUGGAAAGCUCUUGCCAGAGCUUGUAUGCUGUGUAGUAGAGCUGAUUUCAAGGGAGGCCAAGAAAAUGUUCCCAUCUUGAAGAGAGAGACUGCUGGAGAUGCUUCUGAAUCUGCUAUUCUUAAAUGCCUUGAAUUGGCCUGUGGGGAUGUUGCUGCUUACCGGAAAAAGAAUAAGAAAAUUUGUGAAAUUCCUUUCAAUUCAACCAAUAAGUAUCAUGUAACCAUCCACGAAAAUCAAGAUAAGAAUGAGGGUUACUUAUUGUGUAUGAAAGGAGCUCCUGAAAGGAUUUUGGAACGUUGUUCAACCAUUUAUAUCAAUGGCCAAGAAAAGGUUUUAGACGCAGAAAUGAAAGAAGCUUUUAAUUAUGCUUACCUUGAACUUGGUGGUCUUGGUGAGCGUGUUAUCGGUUUUUGUGAUCUUGUUCUACCCAAAGAUAAAUAUCCAAAUGGAUAUUCAUUUGAUCCUGAUGAGGCAAAUUUCCCGUUGAGUGGUUUACGUUUUGUUGGACUUGUUUCUAUGAUUGAUCCUCCUCGAGCUGCUGUUCCUGAUGCUGUUGCCAAGUGCCGUUCAGCUGGUAUCAAGGUUAUUAUGGUCACUGGUGAUCAUCCAAUCACUGCCAAAGCAAUUGCCAAAUCAGUUGGCAUCAUUUCAGAUGGCCAUGAAACAGUUGAAGAUAUUGCUACUAGAAAAGGAAUACCUGUUGAUCAGGUUAAUCCUCGUGAAGCUUUAGUUGCAGUUGUUCAUGGAGGUGAACUUCGUGAUUUUACUUCAGAACAACUUGACGAUGUGCUAAAAUACCACAAGGAAAUUGUCUUCGCUCGAACUUCUCCCCAACAGAAAUUGAUUAUCGUUGAAGGUUGUCAACGAUUAGGUGCCAUUGUAGCUGUAACCGGUGAUGGUGUCAACGAUUCACCGGCUCUUAAAAAAGCCGAUAUUGGUGUUGCUAUGGGAAUCGCUGGUUCUGAUGUUAGUAAACAAGCUGCUGACAUGAUCUUAUUGGACGAUAACUUUGCCUCCAUUGUGACUGGUGUUGAAGAGGGUCGACUUAUCUUCGAUAAUCUUAAAAAAUCAAUCGCUUAUACUUUAACCAGUAAUAUUCCCGAGAUCUCACCUUUCCUAUUCUUCAUAAUUUUCAACAUCCCUCUUCCUUUGGGAACUGUAACCAUCCUUUGCAUUGAUUUGGGUACUGACAUGGUUCCAGCUAUUUCAUUGGCUUACGAACAAGCUGAAAGUGAUAUCAUGAAACGUCAACCUCGUGAUCCAAAUAAGGAUAAACUUGUCAACGAAAGACUUAUCUCUAUGUCUUAUGGUCAAAUCGGUUUCAUUCAGGCUGCUGCGGGAUUUUUCACCUAUUUUGUUAUCAUGGCUGAAAAUGGAUUCCUACCCGAGUUCCUUUUCGGUAUCCGUCACGACUGGGACUCAAAAGCUAUCAACGAUGUCGUGGAUUCUUAUGGUCAAGAAUGGACAUACAAAUCUCGCAAACAAUUAGAAUACACUUGUCACACUGCCUUUUUCGUCGCCAUUGUUAUCGUUCAAUGGACCGAUUUGAUUGUUUGUAAAACAAGACGAAACUCUUUAAUGCAACAAGGAAUGAAAAAUCACGCUUUAACUUUUGGAAUCUUUUUCGAAACUGCCUUGGCUGCCUUUCUCUCAUACACACCGGGAAUGGACGUCGUUCUUAAACUAUACCCUCUCAAACUCUCCUGGUGGUUCCCUGCCAUGCCAUUUGCUUUAUUAAUUCUCGUCUAUGAUGAGGCUCGAAAAUUCAUAAUCCGAAGAAAACCCGGUGGUUGGGUUGAACUAGAGACUUAUUAUUAAACUUCUUUUGAGUUCUAAUUGUUUUCCUGUUGACAUCGCAAUCGAAAAUUUAAAGCUAUGAUUAGAUAUUCAAUUCUAGAAGGAGAAAAAAGAAGAGAAAAUUUUUUUUAGUAUAAAUAACAAUUAAGCAAUAGCUAUAAAAGACAAAAGAAAAGUAUCAAAAAUCUACUAAUUUUAAAUUUCAUUCCUCAUCUCUCUCUUUUUCUCUCUCGCUCACUCAUCAAUUCAUUAUUUUAAUUUUUGCCCCUAAACAUAAGACAAUUAAAUCACUAACCUGAAAAUUCACUAAUGAUACUAACCCUCAAAACCACAUUAUCCACAAAAACAAAUUGCUCAUGCAAAGUAACGAGAUGAAAAGUUUGUAACUGCAAUCAAAUAACAACAAAAACUACAACAAUUCAACACUCAAUCCCACGUGCAAAGGAAUCCAUCCUCGGAUCAUUGCGAUUUCAGUUAUUACAAUUAAUCACUUAUUUUAAAAACAAUCAACUACAACAAGAAACCAUUUCAACAAAAUCAAAGAGAAAAAAAAUCAAUUCUUAAAGGGUUAAGUCUUUGUGUUCACCCCAAAAAAAGUGAUUAACAAUCAAAGCUAAUAAUAAACUCUCAUGUUCGUGAUGAUUUAUCAUUUGGAAUACACCUUGGAAAUCCUAAUAAUACCCUGAGUGUGUGUGUAUCUUGAUUGUAAUGAUGAUGAAAAUGUUUCACAAUCAAAAUUGAUUGUGUGACUUGUUUUAUCAAUGAGAAUCAUUUUCUGUCCAGAAAAACAAAAAAGUCUCAACCAUUAAAAUGAUUAACUUUAAUUCAGCUAACACCCAAAAAAAUGAAUUACUAUUCAUGAUUACUAUGAUUAACCGGAAACAACUAGUUUCCGUAGCAAUUUAUCAAUGAGAUUGCUCAACUAAUUAAUAAUCAUUAUUAUCCUGGCAAAUGUGAUCAAUAUUUCAUUGAGAAAACUAAAUUUACUCGAUUAUUAUUAUUGAUUUUGUUUUACCUUUGCUUUCAAUGAUUUGGUUUCAUUUUUCAUCAUAAUUAACUGUCUACAAAUUGUUAAUCAUUCAGUUAUAUUGAUCACAAUUUAGGGUUAGGUUGAUAAAACAACAUUAAAUUGUGGCAAUCAUGUUAUUUAUGAUCAUAGUUGAUUAAUUGUUGAUAAAAUGAGUGAUUUUUUUGUUUCUGCUCUUCGUUGGUUCAGCUUAAUUGUUACAAUGUUUUGAUUUUCGUUUAUUUUGAUUCGUUGUUGUAAUUAAAGUGAUGACACAACAGAAAAUUAAUAUUAAUUUAAUUGUUAAUUGCUUUUUAUUGGACUUGGUUAAAUAAAUUGAGCAACUUUUUGUUGUUUCUCAAUACAAUAUUA